GAUGGGGUAUGAUGCGGUUCGUGGCGGUCAACACAAGGCGAGUCAACGCUGGCCCGCCUUUGCGCAUAUGUGUUGCAUGCUAUCACACAUUAUAUAAUACUGCGCUUCAAAUAACAGCACAUCCGACCGACCUCUUCGUCCGCGACAUUUUGGGUGCCACGAAGUCCACGCAUACAGUACCUGUUACGAGCUCUAUUUGCACCCGUCAUUGACUAUGGAAAGGCUCCUUACGCAUAUCGCGCAUCUUUGGCCCGGUUCGGGCUGUUAGACAGCAAUUUUCUUGAGACAGUUGUUGUCUGGACAGUUUAGCAACUGCUCGGCUCGCAUAAAUAGUACGCUAGUGUUUUUGCGGUGGUAGAGCUCUACGGAAUGCAUCACAGCACCCAGUCUUUCCACGGCACGCCUGGCGCAGCUCUUGGCCCCGGGGCAGCCCCCGCAGCGCCCCCGCAGUUCCUGACGAACGGAGCCCUCCAACAGCAGCAUGCAGCAAUGCAGCAAGCCGCAGGCUACCAACAGCCUGGCACCCAAUACCCUGGCUACCAGCGACCAGGCACGCUGGGCCACGCCGGCUUGCAAACGGGCCAGAUGACAGGGCCACCCAAGACGUUGUCAGGAUUCAGCACCACUCUCAUGUCUUGCUGCGGCACUGGAUGCAACUCGUGUCUGGUGUGCGUCGUGGGCGCCGUCUGUCCAGCCAUCAUUUACGGGGACAACUACAACCGCAUCCACGGCUCUGGCUUCAUGCCGCGCUGCUGCCUGUACCUGUGCUGCGGCGCGCUGUGCGGCUGCCUCUUCGCGGCCACCACGCGGCAGCAGCUGCGACUGAAGUACGGGCUGAGAGAGGAGCCGUGCAGCGACUGCUGUGUGCACUGCUGGUGCUCCACUUGCGCGCUGUGCCAGGAGGCGCGGGAGCUGCAGCUACGCGGCGCGCCACCAGCCGCUGCGGUGGCGGCCGCGGGCAUGAUGCCCGCACAGCCCACGCCGCUGCAGCUGGCGGCGAUGGGCCAGCUGCCUGGCCAGCUGCCCAUGCCGGCCGUGGGGACCCUGGGCGCGCCGGGUGGCACCAUGACGCAGGCCCACACGACCCAGAUGCAGCAGACGCAGCAGUACCCGGGCUAUGGCUUUGGGGGCACUGGUGCGCCGCCGCCGCAGACGUACCCGCCCGGCGGCAUGGGGAUUGCCGGGGCGCCUGGGCCGACGACGACGGCGCAGCAGCAGGCGCAGAUGCAGCAGGCGGCGCUGCAGGCAAUGCAGCGGCCAUUGCAGCCACUGCAGCCGUUGCAGCCACUGCAGGGCGUGCAGCAGCAACCACAGCAACAGCAUAUGCCUGGGAUGCAGCCGCUGCAGCCGUUGCAGCCGUUACAGCCUGUGAUGCCGCCAGCCGGCAUGCAGCAGUACGGGCGGUGAGGACAUCCCGGCUUGGAAGUUGGGCGCAUUUAAGGCACGGGGGAGAAGACCAAGGCGAUCAACCGCUGUCUGCGACGCAAUUGUUAUUCAGCCACCGAGCGGCGGAAUGAAACGUGAGCCAAAUGGACGAAUGAUGGUUUGAUGAGGGGAGUGGAGCGGUGCGCUGAUGAUGUUGGCUAUGCCUGGUGUGGCACCGACGUCAGUCCCUCCGUAGAUGCGCA